CGGAAGCGCGUGCCUGAGGAUUCCGCACAAAAGAGGUGCCCAAAAUGAAGACCCUGGUGCGCCAUGGUCUGGCAGUGUGUUUAGCGCUCACCACCAUGUGCACCAGCUUGUUGCUCGUGUACAGCAGCCUCGGCGGCCAGAAGGAGCGGCCCGCGCCACCGCAAGCCCCGGAGCCCGCGACCGGCAGCGCGCAGCCCGCGGCGGACAGCAGCGCCCAGCCGCGCCUCGCAGCCCCGGCCGCGCCGCGGCCGCUGGACGGGUACCUCGGCGUGGCCGACCACCAGCCCCUGAAAAUGCACUGCAGGGACUGUGCCUUGGUGACCAGCUCGGGACACCUGCUGCGCAGUGGGCAAGGCCCGCAGAUCGACCACACUGAGUGUGUCAUCCGCAUGAACGACGCCCCCACCCGCAGCUACGGCCACGACGUGGGCAACCGCACCAGCCUGAGGGUCAUCGCGCACUCCAGCAUCCAGCGCAUCCUGCGCAACCGCCACGACCUGCUCAACGUGAGCCAGGGCACCGUGUUCAUCUUCUGGGGCCCCAGCAGCUAUAUGCGGCGGGAUGGCAAGGGCCAGGUCUACAACAACCUGCAGCUGCUGAGCCAGGUGCUGCCGCGGCUGAAGGCCUUCAUGAUCACGCGCCACAAGAUGCUGCAGUUCGACGAACUCUUCAAGCAGGAGACUGGCAAAGACAGGAAGAUCUCCAAUACGUGGCUAAGCACCGGCUGGUUCACCAUGACGAUCGCACUGGAGCUGUGUGACAGGAUCAAUGUGUAUGGCAUGGUGCCCCCGGACUUCUGCAGGGAUCCUAAUCACCCAUCAGUACCUUAUCAUUACUAUGAACCUUUCGGGCCUGAUGAGUGUACCAUGUACCUCUCCCACGAGCGGGGUCGGAAGGGCAGUCAUCACCGGUUCAUCACGGAGAAGCGAGUGUUUAAGAACUGGGCGCGGACAUUCAAUAUUCAUUUUUUUCAACCAGACUGGAAACCAGAAUCCCCUGCUGUAAAUCAUCCAGAGAAUAAACCUGUGUUCUGAGGAAUGGGCAUGUGAGAUUGUAAGCCCAGACCGUAAUCCCAGGUACCCGCGGUCUCAAACUUCUGGAGCCACCAGAGGGGAAUUGGAAACAGCUGGUAGCGGAGAGCCGCAUUGCUCCUCCAGGUCCAUGGACAGCCUCCCGGCAACUUGCCCACUGCUCUUUGGGGCUGGUUUGAGACAACAAAUUCCAGAGUUGAGGCGUUCUGAUGAGUGUGGUCACUUUGAAAGGAGCCCCCUUAGUGACUGAAAGCUCAUUUCAGAGAUG